AUGGCUGCAUUGGUGGUGGUGUUGCUGCUUUUGUUAUCACACAUGGUGUGCAAGGCAAAUACCAUUACAUGCCCUAGAAGUGAUGCCCUCCCAGUGCCUCAUGAGUGGUAUCAACCCGAAGGUCUCAUCAUUGGUGGCAUUACGUCUCAGAUCCUUUUUCUUUCCUACAAAGUGUCCUUCCAGGUCCACCCUUCUGAGGAACAAGGCUUUGAUGUUCCAAUAAUGGUGACAAAGUUCUAUCAGCAUGUCCUGGCCUUGGUGUUUGCUAUAAAAACAAUAAAUGAGAAUCCGAAAGUCUUGCCCAAUGCCACACUUGGAUUCCACAUCUACGACAGUUACUACAUUGAGAGGAUGGCGUAUCGCACCAUUCUGGACCUGCUCUUCAAAUCACAUACGUUUCUCCCCAACUAUGCAUGUGGCACGCAGAAAAACUUAAUAGCCAUUAUUGGGGGCCUUGCCUCUGAUAUCUCCUUUCAUAUGGCUGACAUCUUAAGUCUCUACAAGAUUCCACAGCUCCACCCAUUUCUUCAAGACAUUUCAUUUAACAACUCAGCUGGAGAACUGGUAACUUUUAAUGACAAGAGGGAAAUGGGAGCUGGAUUUGACAUCAUGAACAUGGUCAUGUUCCCCAACAACUCUUUUGUUCAAGUGAAGGUUGGAAGGGUGGAUCCCAAAGAAGGACACAAAUUCCUCAUCAGUGAUGAUAGGAUUGUGCUUCCCCUUUCUGUAUGUACUCAUUCUUGCCAUGCUGGCAAUCAGAAAAAAGCGAAGGAAGGGGAAAAGUUCUGUUGCUUCGAUUGUGGUCCAUGCCCAGAAGGGAAGAUUUCAGAUCAAGAGGAUAUGGAUGACUGUUUCAAGUGCCCAGAAACACAAUAUCCAGGCAAAGAAAAAGAUAAAUGCAUUCCCAAGUCAAUAAGUUUUCUGUCCUAUGAGGAGCCUUUAGGGAUCAGUUUAACUUUGGUUACUCUUUCUUUCAUCUUAAUUACAGCUAUGGUGAUUGGAAUUUUUAUUAAGCACAAAGAUACCCCCAUAGUCAAAGCCAACAACCGGGACCUCACCUACAUUCUCCUUCUUUCCCUCCUGCUCUGCUUCCUCUGCUCUUUUCCGUUCAUUGGGCAGCCUCAGAAGAUGUCCUGCCUUUUCCGACAAUCCUCUUUUGGAAUCAUCUUUUCAGUGGCUGUCUCUUGCGUCUUAGCCAAAACCAUCACUGUGGUUUUGGCUUUCAUGGCCACCAAGCCAGGCUCCAACAUGAGGAAGUGGGUGGGGAAAAGGGUGACCAACUCCACUGUGGUUUCCUCCUUCCUCAUUCAAGCUGCCAUUUGUGCCACGUGGCUGGCAAGGUCUCCUCCAUUUCCAGAUUUGGACAUGCAUUCGCUGCCAGAAGAAAUUGUAGCAGAAUGCAACGAAGGCUCUGUCCUCAUGUUCUAUCUUGUCUUGGGCUACCUUGGACUUCUGGCUACCAUCAGCUUCAUUGUGGCUUUCCUGGCAAGGAAGUUGCCAGACGCAUUCAAUGAAGCCAAGUUCAUCACCUUCAGUAUGUUGAUGUUCUGCAGUGUUUGGUUGUCCUUUGUUCCAACAUACUUGAGCACCAAAGGGAAAUACAUGGUGGCUGUGGAGAUAUUUUCCAUCUUGGCCUCCACUGCUGGCUUACUUGGCUGCAUCUUUUCCCCCAAAUGUUACAUUAUUCUGCUGAGGCCUGAGCUGAACAGUAAGGAGCAGCUAAUAAGGAGAAGAACCAGAUAACUCUAACUAGUUCUUAUUAUAUCACUUGGAUUAGAAACAGAGGGCACAAUCCAGAAACUGGGUUGGAAUACUAUCUAUGCCAAUCCAAUCUAUUCUGCUCAUCUCAAAAAAAGGAGGGGAUAUGAGGUGGUAUUCUGCAUCAACGUAGAACAGAUAAUAAAGCCAGUCAUUAUAUGCAGUGGUACCUUGGUUUACAAACAUAAUCCGUUCUGGAGGUCCGGUUGUAAA